CCCGACCUUCGUGGGGAGAGGGCGCUUUUGUCGCCUCGUCUCGCGGCGUUCGGAAAACGUGUGCGUAUUUUUGUGACUCGUGUUGUCUAGCGGCAAGGUACUUUCGAUAUCUGAUGCGGAAGCAGAAAAGCCGAAACCAUCUACAAAGGGAAAUCUUUCUCCGAGCCGAGCUUAGGGCCUCAUGAAUAUGACAUUAGCUGUGGACUGACCCACUAUGUUGAUUUAUAUGGGGGCGAUCCAUCAACCGUGAUAAACGGACCAACGUACAAACUAUACGCGCUACAUUGUGAACUUCUGAAUGAGGUUCCCAUAAUGGACAUGCUAGAAAAACGAGUAUUACAAAGCUAAUUUUUGAUCCGGAACUAAUGUACGUUCGUAAUAAAUCAUAGAAUAAUUUAACUAACAUACUCAAUAUAUUAACGUAGUUUCUAUCGUGUUUUGUAAACAGAACUUCUGUACUAGGUAUAACUUUAUAAUUAUUAUCUCUAAUGCCAAUAAUCAUAAAACUUUCAUUAAAUCGAGCUAACAAUUCCAUAACCUCCACCCUCAAACGAAGUGUAAUGAAUUCCUCGUAAAGACCAAACAGAGAUGUAAACAUGCGUCGUCGCCCCUUGCCAUCCGUGCGGGAGGAAUCCAGCUCGAAGUCAUGGAAGAGCGUAUGCGAGAGUGAAUGGACGAUCUACGCACUUGUCGCAUCAGUUGGUGCUCUGACGUAUUCAAACAGUCUGAAUGGGGACUUCGUGCAUGACGACAUCCCGGCGAUCGUGUCUAAUGGAGAUGUUAAUGGCGCGAAUUCUGUGCUGCGGAUAUUUAAGGAUGACUUCUGGGGCACGCCGAUGUCGGAUGUGCAUAGCCACAAGUCGUAUCGGCCGCUGACUACGCUGACCUUCAGGUUAAACUACACGCUAUGUGGGCUGACAGCGUGGUGGUGGCACGCUGUCAACGUGUCACUCCACGCCGCGUGCUGCGCGCUUGUGGCACGCGCGGGCGUCGUGGUGGCACGCCUGAAGGCCCCCUUCGCGGCGCUCGCGGGACUGCUGUUCGCUGUCCAUCCUAUACAUACUGAAGCGGUGUCUGGUGUGGUCGGUCGGGCUGAUGUCUUAGCGUGCUUCUUCUUUCUAUCAUCUUUACUAAUGUAUCAUGGGUGCGCAGGCAGACACCGAGUGAUGUCCAGCAUAGUCCUGGCUGCUCUCAGCAUGCUGGCGAAGGAGACUGGUCUCACAGCACUGCUUUUCAAUAUUGCCUUCGAUUUAUAUCGAUCAUGGAGCUCGCUUAGCAGAUCUCCAGUCCGUUGGCGAUGGAAAGGGGACAAUGUUUGCAGCAGAGUCAGUCGAGGUCUUGCAGCUUUGAUCAUUUUAGCUGCAGCAAGGCUGACUCUCUUGCAAGGAUCUUUACCAGCGUUUUCACCACAAGACAAUCCCCCUGCUUUUCACCCUUCGUUUAGCGUGAGACUAAUGACGUUCUGCUACCUGGCUGCUUUCAACUGGUGGCUGCUCCUCUGCCCGUGGACGCUGAGCCACGACUGGCAGAUGGGCUCCAUCCCGCUGGUCACCAGUUUGUGGGACGCGAGAAAUCUGCUGACUGGCGCCGCGCUGUUGGCGCUCGUUGCUUUGACGUAUCGAUGUGUUAUGGACUUGGAGUUACAACGGCACACGCCAGCAGUGGUAGGAUUGCUUUUGCUGGUGAUCCCAUACCUACCUGCUUCCAAUUUGCUGGUGACUGUCGGCUUCGUGGUCGCGGAACGAGUGCUGUAUAUACCUAGCGUGGGCUCGCUAGUAGUGACGGUGUACGGCGUGCAGUUAGUGUGGGGCCGCGGGGCGCGCGGGGCGCGCGGGCGGCGGCUGGCGGCGCUGGGCACGGCCGCGCUCGUGGCCAGCGGCGCCGCGCGCACGCACCUGCGCAACCGCGACUGGCGCACUCGGGAGACGCUGCUCAGAGCCGAUCUCGCAGUUCUACCGCACAACGCAAAACUUCACUAUAAUUUUGCAAACUUCCUAAAAGAUAUCGAGCAACAGGAAAACGCGAUCAAACAUUAUAAAGAAGCAUUGAAACUAUGGCCAAGCUACGCGAGCGCGCACAACAACCUGGGCGCGCUGGCGGCGGGCGAGCGCGCCGAGCAGCACUUCCUGCUCGCGCUGCGCUACAACCGCCGGCACCUCAACGCGCACUACAACCUCGCCAAGCUCUACCGCAAGAAAAACCGCAUAUCAGACGCGUUAAAAAUGCUCGAGCGUUGCAUCGCACUGGAGCCGCGCUUCGUGCAAGCGUACCUCGAGCUGUUCCUCGUCGUGCCGGAGCGGGAGAAACGAGCUGUGCUCGACAAGCUGGUGGAGUUGGAGCCGACCAACUGGGAGCAUUAUUAUUUGUAUGGGAAUUGGUUGAAGGGGAGAGGUCUGUGGCCGCUCGCAUACGACUACUACGUCCGCGCACUAGGCGUAUCCCGCACACACACCACACACACUGCACACACUUUACACACUGUACACACAAGUGGCGCGGGUGGUGUGGUACACAGCGGCGGUGGUAGUGCGGCGCUGCGGGCGGCGGGCAUGCUGCUGCGGGCGGCCGGACAGCGAGCUAGACUGCUGCACUUGCUUAUAAGGUGAAGUCCACGUGCCUCCACCACAGCCAACUAGAAGUGCCACCAAACGCGUCACCAAACGCGUCACCAAGCAAAAACUAUAGAACAUUACCAAGUGAAGUGCUAGUGAAACCCAGUUGCCAAAAGAACACAUUACCCAUCGCGUACAAACAGACACACAACAAAUCAGAAACCACUAAACAGAAAAGUUGUCCCUUAAAUAAAAAGAAAAUAAAAGAUCCCGACCCGUUUUCCAUAGUUUCAAAUCAUUUAAUUAAAACUUAUUGACGUGAAUGGCAGAAUAAAGCUCCCAUUCAUAGAACGUUACCUACCUACGUUAUAUGGUAGCACAGAAAUAAACACACAGGAAAUAAAUAAUUAAAAUUAAAUGGUCAAACUAAGCAAUACAAACAUGCAAAAACAAAAUGUUAAUGAUUAUAUUUCAUAAACAUAAUAUAGGUAAUAUCUGUGUUGUAAAUAAAUGAGUUUGAUUUUUAUUUCAAAAGUAUUACAUAACGUGACUCUAUGACUUACACUUCCAUGAAUGGGGGAAUUAAAUUAAGGUAUCAUCUACAAGGUUUAUUAUAAAAUCAAUAGAGCUACUAUUUUUCAUCGCAACAUGUUCUUUUUAAUAUCGAAAAUUUAAGCUUUUCUUCUAUUUCAAAGACUAUUUGAAUAGAAUAGAUUUGGACUAUUAUUUAUCUAUUGACAAAUCAAUCGAAGAUUAAAAUUUAAAAACAACACGUAGAAACCGUAUAUGAAUUAAUAAGAACGGUUUAAAAACUGGGUUAUUUGUUAAUACAUAAUAUAAUAUAUAUAACAUUCAUCAUAAUAUUUUGUACCGACAGCAUUAAAUUUAAUAUGGAUAAUACAUAUUAUACAUUACUUUACAUAUACAUAUCUAUAAAAUACAGAACAGAACAUUUAUAUUUAUAUUUUCUUCAUCAUAUUAUUGUGAAUUUAUCUUUAUGCAAUAUUGGUCUCUAUAAGAUGAGAAGUUUUAUUUGUUCUUAUGUUCUUAUGUCAUAAAACAUAUUAUAAUGAAAAUAUAUACAGAACCACAAACAAAAUACAUAGCUGGAAAUACUAUACACAAAUAAAUAUAAUUAAUAAGCAACAUCAACUCAUCACAUAAAUUUUGUAAAUUAACAGACAUCAUAGGAAUUGUAUGUACUAAUUUAUUUGGAAUAAAAUUAAUGAACGCUAA